AUGGCUACAGCAGCUGCUGAUAGUAUCAUCCUUCCCGGCUCAUCUAUAUCUCCAGAGAGUAUCAUUACAGGGGUUGGUCAAGAAUUUGAUAAUGUGAAGGAUCUACGAGCCAAAUUAUUCCAGUACGCAAUGAGGAAAGGCUUUGCCUACAAAUUUGUCAAGAGCGAGCUUACCCGUGUGACUGUCAAGUGCAUUGUGGAAAACUGUCCUUGGCGACUGCAUGCAUCAAAGUCGUCAUAUAAGCAGAAGAUUGUAAUCAAGAUACUGAACAAUGAACACACAUGUGGGUGCGGCGGUGGCGGUGACGUGCAACCCAAAGCCACAAAGAAAUGGCUGGUGGACAUCAUAAAGGAUAAGCUACGUGAUAGCCCGUUGUACAAGACCAAGGAGAUUUUGAAGGAUGUUUCUGAGGAGUAUGGAAUUAAUCUCAAGUACUAUCAAGUGUGGCGAGGGAAGACUGAUGCUCAGAAGGAGCUUCUCAAUCUCCACGAGGAGGCUUACAAUCAGCUGCCCAUUUUUUGCGAGAAGAUCUUGGAGAGCAACCCUGGGAGUGUCGUAACGCUGGCGACAUCAGCCGACCUAAAGUUCCGCAUUUUUGUGUCCUUCCACGCCUCUCUUCACGGAUUUGAGUACGGGUGUCGUCCUCUGGUCUUCCUGGAUCGGAUACCCUUGAAAGAGAACACCCACUUGAAGCUGUUGGCGGCUGCUUCAGUCGAUGGAGAUGACGGCAUCUUCCCCAUCGCCUUUGCUGCCGUUGAGGCUGAGAUACCGGAGAGCUGGGUCUGGUUCCUGGAGCAGCUGAAGUUCGCAAUUGGGACUUCCCGGACGAUAACAUUCAUUUCGGACAGGGAGAAUGGGUUGGACGUGGCUGUGCCCAAAGUCUUCGAGGACAGCUUCCACAGCUUUUGCCUUCUUCACCUGGUGGAGGACUUCAAGGCGGAGCUGAACAAGGGGCCCUGGUCUCAGGGGGUGAAGGAUGCCAUGGUUGAGGAGCUCGAGCGCGCCGCCCAGACGUACCAUGCCGAGGAGUUUUAUUCCCGGGUGGAGUGCGUGAAGAACAUCUCAGAGGAGGCUGCGGCCUGGAUCAUGGCCAGCAAGCCCGAGCACUGGUCGAGCGCCCUCUUCAAGGGCUCGAGGUACGACCAUUGCUCGUCGGACGCCGUGGAGUCGUUCAGCACGUGGAUCCCUGUGGACCGGGAGAUGUCGGUGGUUCUGAUGAUCGACGCCAUGCGCUGCAAGAUAACAGAGGCCAUCGACACCCGCCGCCAGUCCUCCGCUAAGUGGGAGGACGCCCUCACCCCCUCCAUGGAGCUGAGGCUGCACAAGGAGAAGGCCAGGGCAGGCAAGCUCGGCGUGCUCCGCUCCUCCGAGAACGUCUUCGAGGUCCGUGGGAGCACCAUCAAUGUCAUCAACACUGGGACUUGGGAGUGCACUUGCGGCCGGUGGCAGGUCAGCGGCCUGCCUUGCGUCCACGCCAUCGCCGUCAUCAACCACCUCGGCCGAUCCAUCUACGACUACUGCUCCCAGUACUUCAGGGUCGAGAGCUACCGGGUCGCCUAUUCAGAGUCUGUCUAUCCGAUCCCCGAUGUUGAGAAGAUCAGCUCCAGCUUUGGCGCCAACAUCCCCACCCCUCGCAGCCGCCGCCCGCGGGGAGUGCUGAAGCAGGCCCGGGACCGGUCGCAGGGUGGGCGAGGCCACCACUGCAGCAGGUGCAAGGGCUCUGGGCACAACAAGGCCACCUGCAAGGCGCUUCUGUAA